GUGUAUGCAGUCCAUGUGAAUGGCAAUGGUUUUCAGUUUCAAUCUGCUAUCGAGAUUAUAAAAGAAAUGUCCAAGACAGCCCAAGCAAUUAAUGAGGCAAGUUGGCAGGAAACUUUUAAAGCUCUUUGGAUUUCUGCCCUUCGUCUUGUACAGCGGGCUAGAGAACCUCUAGAGGGUCCAAUUCCUCAUCUAGACACAAGAUUAUGCAUGCUAUUAGCUCUUAUUCCACUAGCAAUUGCUGCAAUUCUCAAGGAAGAAACUGAUGCAUGUAGAGCUGAAGGAAACAAAAGUCUGCCCCGAAGACUAGGACUUGUAUCUUCUCUUCAGGAUUUGGUGCAAUAUUCAGGACUUCUUGUACCACCUUCAUCGUUGGUGAAUGUGGCCAAUGCUGCGGCUUCAAAAGCUGCAAUAUUUAGGGCCAACUGUAAGGUUGUUGGUGGCAACCCUAGCAUGAUUGGUCAGAGUCACUCUUCGACGAAAGCUGUUGGAAACAUGCUACAUCUUAUAGUUGAAGCCUGUAUUUCGAGGAAUUUGAUUGACACAACUGCUUACUUGUGGCCUGGUUAUGUUGUACUACCGGGGCAUUCAAAGAAUACAUCUUUACCCCAGGAAUCGCCAUGGGUAAACUUUAUGCAAGGAGCUCCACUAUCUGAUCCACUGAAAAAUGCUCUCAUUGCUACUCCUGCUUCAAGUGUUGCAGAACUGGAUAAACUGUACCACAUCGCAUUGAAUGGUUCAGAACAAGAAAAGUCAGCUGCAGCUAAAAUUGUGUGCGGUGCAUCACUUGUGCGGGGUUGGAAUAUUCAGGAACAUGUCGUCCGCAUGGUGGUCAAGUUAUUGUCGCCUCCUUUGCCCUCAGAUUCUUCAUUACAGGGGAGCAUGAGCCACUACCUUAGUCAGAAGUCUACCUUAAAUGCAAUCUUACUUGGUGUCUCAUAUGUCGAUGCUGUCAACAUUUUUUCUUUGUAUGGAAUGGUUCCAGAUGUUGCCGCCAGUCCAUCGCUGAUGUGGAGGCCAGAUCACAACCAUUUAUCAAGGGGCAACCAUUUGACCACAUUGCGCACGAGAAUCUAG